CAGGGAGGGCCCAAAUAAACAAAGUUAUCUUAAGUUCUUAACAAAUAAAAUGGCCCAAAUGUUUAUAAUUUUAUACCUGAUUCCUGAACCUCAGAACCUGAUACGGUGGGGUGAGCAGUUGAGACUUGAGAGAGGCGGAGAGCAGAGAAUCAGAGAGAGAACAGACUGAACAGUGGAGACUGGAGACUAGAGAGAGGCGGAGAGCAGACACUAGAGAGAAAGAGGUUGGACCUUGUUGAAAUGGAAAGUACCCUACUACCCAACUGAUGCAAUGUGGGCUCAAUCCAAAAACCAACCCUUCCAAAAUUUGGGGGCCCAGUUAUGUGUGAAAUGCUGAGGAGUUUGAAUUCUGCUAUGGUUUUAUCAAAUUGGUUUUCUUGCAGAUAUUACCCAUAUACUCCAACUAUCUACUUCUGUAAAAUCCACAAUCGGCAUUUUCAUUGUUGUGUAUAUGUUAAUUCAGCUAUAAAUUCAAAUACUCGGGGUGCCAUAAUGCCUGGUCUGGGCAUAAUUUCCACGUGGCAACCAAAGACGUCAAAUAUCAGUUUGUUGAGGGUGGACAAAUCACGCAUUGUUGUGAACACGGUUGCAAGUGUUGAUGUUGGUGUGGAUUGUGAAAAGGAGGAAGAAAACAAAUUGAUUAAAGGAGAUGAGGGAUUUGAAGAAUCUUUUGUUGAGCAGAUUUGGCCUCCUUGGGGAAAUGUCACAAAUCACAAGGAUUUGGAUAUUGAACCUAGUCCUACACCUGUUAGCCAGACUGAGUCAAAAUUUUCAAACAGGAUGACGAUUGCGAAUGAAAGUAGGGUACAUUUUCUAGAGGAAACAAAUGAAGAGUUGUUAUCAGAGCGACUUUUGGUGCUUAGCAGAACCAAUAAGGUUAGAAGUGCAUUGGAAUUAUUUAGGUCCAUGGAAUUAUCAGGUCUUUGUCCUAGUUUACAUGCCUGUAACUCUCUUUUAUCAUGCCUUUUUAGGAAUGGGCAGCCUGAUGAUGGGUUAAGAGUCUUUGAGUUUUUGAAGACAAAGAAGAUAACUACAGGUCACACUUAUAGCUUAGUACUUAAAGCAAUUGCGAAUUCUCAGGGUAGCGAUACUGCCCUUGAAAUGCUUAUGGAAAUGCUAGGGGAAUGUGAAGUGAAGAAGGAUUUUGAUGCAAUUGCAUAUAACACUAUGAUAACAGUAUGUGGUAAAGUUAACAAUGGUGUUGAAACUGAGAGGAUCUGGAGAAGUAUUAAGGCAAAUGGCUGCUGUCCAACACGAGUUACUUAUUGCCUAUUAAUUAGCAAUUUUGUUCAUUGCAGUCAAAAUGAGCUGGCUCUUGAUGCUUACAGUGAGAUGGUUCAGAACGGAUUUGAACCAGGGAAUGAUACAAAGCAAGCUAUAAUUAGUGCGUGCACAAAGGAGGGAAAGUGGAAUUUGGCACUUAGUGUCUUUCAAGAUAUGUUGAAGGCUGGCUUGAAGCCAAACCUAAUUGCUUGUAAUGCAUUAAUUAACUCUCUUGCGAAAGCUGGGGAGGUCAAACUAGCAUUUGAGGUUUAUGAUAUCACAACAUCUUUGGGUCAUUCACCAGAUGCAUACACAUGGAAUGCUCUACUUGGUGCUCUAUAUAAUGCAGAUCGACAUGACGAUGUUCUUCAGCUCUUUGACAGCAUUAAGAGAGAUCAAGACUCUCAAUUGAAUUUACAUUUGUACAACACUGCUUUAAUGUCUUGCUCGAAGCUUGGUUCAUGGGAUAGAGCGCUGCAGCUUUUGUGGCAAAUGGAAGCUUUUGGGCUCUCAAUUCCAACUGCAUCAUAUAAUCUUGUCAUUAGUGCUUGUGAGAUUGCAAGGAAGCCAAAAGUUGCAUUGCAAGUGUAUGAGCACAUGGUUCACCAAAAAUGCAAUCCGGACACAUUUACUCAUUUGUCAUUGGUAAGAGCUUGCAUAUGGGGAUCACUCUGGGAUGAAGUGGAGGAAAUCCUAAAUUGGGCUGCACCAAAUGUAUCUCUUUAUAAUGCUGUCAUUCAAGGAAUGUACUUAAGGGGUAAGAUUGAUUCUGCAAAGAAUCUGUACACCAAAAUGCGUGAGCAUGGUCUUCAACCAGAUGGUAAAACACGUGCUAUGAUGCUUCAAAACUUGUCAAAAAAUUCAGCUAGACAUAGAAGGAGUUGGUCUCUUGGUUACAGAGGACGUCAUCGACAAAAGAUGAAAUGAGAAAAAGAGAUUACUUUCCCUCAAAAAAAGAAAAAAGAGAUUACCAACAAAUUAGUUGGGCUAACUACAUUGUGAUUAUAUAGAUUGAUAAGAUGUAUAAGUUGAAUGUAUAACAGAGCAACAAUACAGGCCUAACGUUGCCCUCUGUAAUUGUUUUC